GUGAGCUGCUUUGCCUCUUAGUAUACUUUCAAACUCUUCGCGGGCCAUGGCUAGCAACAAGCUCAAUACGGAGGGGAUUAUGCUGUUUGAACAGCCAUUCGCGAGAGUUCCUUACGAGAACUAUAGAAAAGUGUUCCGUACAUCCCAGAAGCAUAUCGAGAAAGACUUUGGGGCUGUUCAGACCAGUUCGAAAGAGCUCGCGAAACAGACACUGGACGGGAGUAACACCGAGGACACGGUGAAAGCGAUCGAUGGAAUGAUUAAUCGAGUAGAGAACCUCAAACGUAAGCUUUCGGAUCUUCAUCAAUCCUCUGGGGCACCCACGUUAGCGGUUAUGCGUGAACGGCUACAGCACUUGGCCACAGCCGAGUCGCUCGAAAGUGAUGCUGACCCCGAGUAUGCUCGGUGGGCGGAUGUUCGCUUAGAGAGAUGGUUAGUCGACUGGGCGCUGCGAAAUGGAAAGGAGAAGACCGCAAAGCAAAUUGCGAAAGACAGGGGACUCGAGAAACUAGUGGAUAUCGACUUAUUCUCUGAUAUCAGACGCAUUGAGGACGCGUUACGAAGGCAGAGCUGUACCGAAGCCUUGGCAUGGUGUAGUGAGAAUAAAGCCGCCUUGCGGAAAAUGAAGAACCCGUUGGAAUUUGACCUUCGUCUGCAAGAGUUUAUUGAACUUGCACGGGCAAGGAAGCUCACCGAAUCUAUCGCCUAUCAGAAGAAAUACCUUAUUCAAUGGAAUGAGACUCAUGCUAUUCAGAUUCGUCAAGCCUCCGCUCUCAUCGCGUUCAAACCAGAUACCACUUGCGGUCCUUACAAGCGUCUGUAUGAUCCUGGACGAUGGCUCACCCUAGUACAUGCCUUCCGCCUAGCCAUUUACAACCUCAGCACGCUGCCAACAGAACCCUUAUUGCACCUCGCAAUGUAUGCUGGUCUUGCUUCGCUGAAAUCGCCUUCAUGUUACGAUCCCGACUCGAAGAAUGUGGAUUGUCCCGUGUGCGAUCCUAACCUGGGACGUCUUGCGGAGGAAGUUCCUUUCAGCCAUCAUGUCAACUCGACAAUCGUGUGUAGCAUAACUGGCAAGAUCAUGGACGAGAACAAUUGGCCAAUGGUUUUCCCUGGUGGACAUGUAUAUUCCAAGGAGGCAAUGGACGAUAUGGCAGCCAGGAAUAACGGUAUGGUCACCUGUCCGCGAACAGGAGAGACUUGCCAUAUCUCGGAACUGCGUAAAGUGUUCAUAUCAUGAUCACUCCGGUUAAUCUCUCUUGCUAUCGCUCCUGGACUAUCUGGAUAGAUUGUAUACCUAGGUAAUGUUUGACUUUGAUGUAUUCUGUACUCACAUGUUGUACUCGUAUCGAAUCAUACCACAGUUUCGC